UUAGUAAAUAAAUACACUGUAAAUUGAGAUUAGGAAAAAAACAAUAAAAACUGAAGGAAUCUGAGAAAGCCUCAUGGUACUGAUUAUUGAAGAAUAACAAUGUUAUUAAAGAAAGAGAGACCUUCAAAUUGUGAUCACAGCAGGGGAAUAGUCCUGCCUGGCUGCAAACCAACUUUGAGUGAUUCUUUCCUCAGGCUACAAUACAAGAUAGUCUGUUUCAACUAAAUUGUCUCAUUACAAAAAUUCACACAGAACUUUUAGGAGUUGAUACAGAUAUUAGAAAGUUGUAUGAAGAUCCAUUUAAGUUUGUUCAUAAAUUGCCUUUUAGAUAAUCUUAACCUGAACAUGCCAUAACAACUACCUAAGUUUAUAGCUAGAUGGACAUUAGUGUAAAAAUUCUUGGCUGGCACUAAGUUAAAAUAGAUAUUACUGUUCCUAAUAAUGAAUUAGAGAAUAAAAGUCUACAUAAAUGCUUUUCUCUUCUAGGAGCUGACCUUUUUUUCAGUCUUUAAAACAACUUUUACUUGCAGGUUCUCAAGAUUUCAGAACUGAUUUCCUUUGUGAUGUUGGAAAUCCAGCAUUUAAACUAUUCAGCCAAAUGUCCGACUGAUUUCCUUUGGUUUAAUCAUCACAUUUGGAUAUAAAUAUCAAAUAUGAAAUAUAAAGCAUUAAAAAGAUAUAAGGGAGUUAUAGGAUGGCUCUGGCUUUUUAAAAAGUUGUCUUCCUGUUUUAAGUUAAGUCUUCUAAGUUCUUUUUCUGGUGUUCAUAAGACAAUACUUUUUAGAAGAGAUAAAGAAUUAAAUUUUGACAAGAGUCAAAACCUGUGGCUGUUCUUGUCUCUAUCCCCUUCAUGCAGAUAUUGGGCUAACCUGAAAUUGUGGUUCAAACAGAAGAUCAGCAAAGAAGAAUUUGACUUGGAAGCUCAUCGGCUCCUCACACAGGAAAAUGUACAUUCCCACAAUGAUUUCCUCUUGGCUAUUCUCACUCGUUGUCAGAUUUUGGUUUCUGCACCUGAAGGUGCUGGGUCUUUACCCUGGACAGGAGGUUCUGCAGCUAAACCUGGAAAGCCCAAAGGAAAGAAAAAACUUUCUUCAGUUCGACAGAAAUUUGAUCAUAGAUUCCAGCCUCAGAAUCCACUGUCAGGAGCCCAGCAGUUUGUGGCAAAGGAUCCACAGGAUGAUGAUGAUUUGAAACUUUGUUCUCAUACAAUGAUGCUUCCUACUCGGGGCCAACUGGAAGGGAGAAUGAUAGUAACUGCGUAUGAGCAUGGGCUGGACAAUGUCACCGAAGAGGCAGUGACUGCUGUUGUAUAUGCAGUGGAGAAUCAUCUUAAAGAUAUUCUGACGUCAGUGGUAUCAAGAAGAAAAGCUUAUCUGUUACGGGAUGGUCAUUUUAAAUAUGCAUUUGGUAGUAAUGUGAAUCCACAGCCUUACCUAAAGAAUAGUGUAAUAGCAUAUAAUAAUUUAAUUGAAUGCCCUCCAGCAUAUUCCGUUCCUUCUGCUGGUCAGAAUCCAGCUUCCCACCCACCUCCUGAUGAUGCUGAGCAGCAGGCAGCUCUUCUGCUAGCUUGUUCAGGGGAUACUUUGCCAGCUUCGCUGCCUCCUGUAAACAUGUAUGACCUUUUUGAAGCUUUACAGGUACACAGAGAAGUGAUUCCCACACAUACAGUAUAUGCCCUGAACAUUGAAAGGAUCAUCAUGAAACUCUGGCAUCCAAAUCAUGAAGAGCUUCAACAGGAUAAAAUUCAUCGGCAACGUUUGGCAACCAGGGAGGGGCUGCUCCUCUGCUGAUGUAGCAAUUGAGUUCUGAGGGCUGAACUUUUAAGCAAACUGAUGUCUAAGUACUGGAUUUUUUGUGUCUACAUUUCAAGGCUGAAAUGUGCAAUGCAUAACCACUUCCUAUGGAAAUGACUGAUGUUUAAUGUAUUUAUGUGCUACUAUGAAGCCAUAACAUAAACUUGACCUUUGUUAAUGAUCCAUCUCUUCCUGAUGCCAUCCUCUACUCCUAACCCCCUUGUCCAAAAUAGAUCCUGUUUCUUUUAUUUGAUUCAAAGCUGAUUGAUUUGUUUGAGAAAUUUAGUACCAAGGACUAGCUGGAAUUUGCCUUGGGCCCUGCAGGUAUCUUGCUGAGUUUGUGUGAGUAAUUGUCUUAGAAAAGCUUUUAUGUAUCCUCUUUUCUAUGAUCAGAAGAAAACUCCAGGUGUUGAGUGAAGGACUGUUGAUCCACAUUCCAGCAGAGACAAUGUAGGCAUUUUCAGAAAUGCAAAAAAAACACUUCAAUGUUAUAUUUAAGUGAUGUAAAUAGUCCCAUAAUAACCCAGUUAUUUCAGCUCCAUAGAACCACAAUUUAGUAUUACUGCAGAUGGCUACACGCCUUUUCUUUGCAUUAAAAAAUCUGGUUCAGGAAUGCAAUAAUAAACAUGAAAUUAUUUCCAUAAUUAACAUUUCUCUAUGGAGAAGCCUUUUUGCCAAGUCCUUAGGUAGGACCACCAUUUUGCCACACCCACAAAUUAUCUGUGCUUAGAAGUUGGAUCUUCUCGAUUUAAAGUCACCUAACUAUAGUUAGAAUUGUUUUUGGUUGUAUUUUUAAUACCAACUGGAAACCGAUAUUGCUAACAACUGAAAUGCUGCAGGCAGAUCAGUUAAAAUACAGCUAUAUUCCUAUACGUGUACAUACAUUAUCUAUAAAUGUUCCUUUAGUGAAGUAAUUUUAUUCUUUGUUAUAAACUGGGACUUGAAAAAUAAAUUCUUAAAAAAACUAA